AGGUUGAACUUCGGAACGCGACAGGGAAAAAAAGGUUCGAGGUUAAGGUGUGUUUCCGUUUGACAACAGGCGGAUGCCAGGUCUCAAGAUAGAAAACAGCGAAUAAGAAUAAGUUUGUCCCACGAAGUGUACUUUUUCUGCCACCUUUCAAGCGCUUUCGCAUAAUUAGCUAGCUGAAUUUCGACCGGCAGGCAUGCGCGGAUGACUGCGCGUGAAUGAGUGCGCUGCUUUUAUUUAAAAAAAAAAAAAAAAACAACAACUAACAAGUAGGUUAUCUAGUACCUGGCAGGUUGUAACACCUUGAGCAUUUGAGGGAUUUGGUUUUGACGGGGAAAAAGACAUGAACAAGUGGCGCUAUGCAGCUCAGUCAGGUAGAAGAGCUUGAGAAGCGCCUCGUGCCAAGACCGGAAGAGGAGGACGAUGAGGUCGAAGCCAACCCGUCACAAUCCUCUCCCCAAAGUAGCCACGCACAGCCCUGUGGCCUGUGCAUCCCACACACGCAUAGCAUAGGCAUACAGCCAAAGGAGAUCCCAGCCUAGGCUAGCCUUGGUGAAAAUGACAAAUAAAACCAGCCCGAGUUGCCCUGAACCCUAGGUGCUUUUGAAAGUAACAUCUACAGGUGUGCAGUGCAGCUGGAAGCCCUGGACUCCAAGUACUUGAGAUCGUCACCCUGAAGGCUACCGCAGAUAUUGAAGAGAAUGGCACCAUUCACCAGCACUCCACUCUAAGCCUGAGAGGAACAAGUCAACACACAAGACUCAAAAGGCCAUGCACUGUAUGUUGUGCGGUUAAGCGUACCUUCUCAGCAACUGACAAGCAGGCUACAGACAUACCCCAAAAGCAAAAGAGAAUCCAAAGUAAAGAAGUCAAAAGUAAGCAGGCCUCAAGGAAGCUCAUUGAUGGACUGAAAAGAUAUCCUGUUGUAAGUCUGUGCAAUAUAGCAAACAUUUUCAGGAUUCCUGCUGAUUCUCUAAAUGUGAGACUCAUCUUAUCUAAGGAACUGCAAAGGAAGAGCAUUCGUUGUUUCAAAAGAGACCACAGUGAUCGACAAUGUGUGGAGUCCUUACCAGGGCCUUGUAUAAAUGUUGAAAUUAGCAACUGCAUACAUGUCCAUCCAAACUCUAAAGCUUCUUCAGUAAGCCAAAGUCCUCAAGAUACACCAGAUUUUACAAGCUCUCCUUCAGGUGUGAAUUCAGUGGACAAUUGUGACAUACACAUUAAACACAGUAAAACUUGUAUUAAUAAUUAUGACAACUGCCUUAAAAAGAGAAUGAGCUUGCCGAAUGGAAAAAACACUUUUUUCCCCCAGGAUUCUAGAUUGAAUGAAUCUGAUAUUACAAUGCAUAUUUCAUCUUCCACACCUGUGUCAUCCACUUGUGAACUGGAGCCUUUCAGUGGGUAUUGUGGGCCCAGUUUUCCAAAGAUGGUGAAAAUGGACUUGUCUGCUAUGCCACCUUCUAAUCCAUCCAGUUGUGACAACAAAAAGAGGGAUGAAAAAAACACAUGUACAGGAGCAGGUAGCGUGUUGACCAUGGAAGCUGAGGAGAAUAAACUCUUUGUAGGACAAGGCAGAGAAACUAGCGCAGACAGGGUUAGAGAGACUGAUAGAGAAAUUGCAGAAUCCUUCUCUUGCCAGCGAACAACACCAUAUUCGGCACGAGUAUUCUGUUCACGGACAUGCAUUGUCUGGCCGUUUUCAAAGCUUGGAUCAUUUCAGAAGAAUUUCGUUAAAUGGGCUGUCCACAUACAAACUGUAUCAGGGCUGCCCAUGUACAUAAAGUGUGACGGUGAUGCUGCUAAUGAUUUUGGAGCCAAUUUCAAUACAUCUGAUUCUCUUAAGACUAAUUCCACAUCACAAGAUACAGGAGGUGACAUCAAAGUUGGUAACCAACAUUCUACUUUUCCAGAACAAGAAGUGAGUGUCCAGGCAGAAAAUGCAGAGUCUUUUACAUUACAUGAGGAGUCAGUUGCACUGGUUUCAUCAGAUUUUUUGUGGCACUCAAAGCAGAAAACCCCAGAUGAUCCCAAUGUUUGCAGCGCCUCACCGACCAUCUCAGCUAAAAUGGACCAAGAGAAAAAUACAUGUGUUGUUAAGGAGAACUUGCAGCUUGGGGUAACGAAGAGCAGGCAAAAACAAAGUCCUUCUUUGAAUGUUUUCAAGAACUUUGAGAAAAAACAUUCAGGACCUACAGCCACUGGUGUAUCUGAGUUCCAGAAACUGCAGGUUGCUUCCAAGAAUGUACUUGCUUGCUCUUUUUCUUCAGGAAGGUCCGCUGAUGUGAAGCCUAAAUGGGAAUCAAGGGAGUUUAGUUUUCCGCAGGUAAGCAUGGUGUGUGCUAACCUUUCUUCAGAUGAUGACCAUGACAUCAGCAACCUGAGUUCUGAGGAAGACCUGGUGGAUGAUAUCUAUCCACUGUGUGGCGUGAUAAUGUGUGACAUUAGGGAUACCCCCACCGGUUCUCCCAAAGAGCCUUCUUACUCCAGAAAAGAAGGGGCUUCUGGGGGCAAGAUGGACUUGAUCAGAGCAUAUGAAGAAGAUGCUCUUGUUCUGGAUGUAAUUCAAGAUGACCCUGAGUUGUUUGGAAACAUAUCUGAAGAAACCACAGAGAAAGAGAACAAAAAAUCACAGCCACCAUCUGAUGUCAAAAGAGAAGGCUCAAAGGACUCCCCAGUGACAAGGACCAAUCACAGAAUUUUAUGGGAUGGUAACGAAAGCGAUCCGAGGGAGUCAAAGGUGAACUCAGAAUGCCUUGGUUAUCCGGACAUCAGCGCUGAAUGGUAUAUUAAUAAUGUCGGAUGGCCGAGUUCACCGUAAGGUUUACUGCAAGUAUUACUUCAGCAUUCAUCACAACUGCUUCAGGAAGCCAUGCUUGUAUCUACAUGUGCCCACGGACAGAGAUGAAAAGUUCUGCAUGGGAGUUGUACAGAACUUCAGUAGAUCCAUGAAUCCUUCUCAUUUGCAGCGUGCAGUUGCUGUGUUUGUUAGUUAUUAUCAGAAGUGCUCACCAGGAAUCCAUUUCUGCUUGGAAGAACUGAAGUUUCUUCUAAAAGCGCUGUUCAGUAGAGGCUUUGUGAAAGACUUACUUGAUGUUCUGCGGGUAUCAACCUUUCGCAAAAUAUUGCUGCCACCUGAGUUCGUCCUCUCGCUGUUUGAGUACGUGAGGCUGAGUGGCUUUCAUGUCCUGACUGCUGAUCUCAUCAAUGUCACGUCCUUGUGUGUCGACGCUGGCUUGGUGUUCACUGUGGAGCAUUUUGUGCACAUGAAAUAUUGCCUGGAGUCCCUUAAAACAGCAAGUCAGCAAAUUAAUCUUUUUCAGGCCAUCAAGCACAGAGCUUUGAACUCUAAUGUCUGUAAUAUCAAAACAGGCCUACUACAUAUAUUCACUGAGGUGGAACGCUGCAAGGAGCAGGAGGACUGGGCCUCACUAGGCCACAUGUUUUGCGACCUGUGUCUAUCCAGCUGCAGCCUCCCAGAGCUACACCACUUCUCCAGCAUCAUCUCCAGAGCACUGCUCACCGAUCAGACCGCAGCGCCGCUGCCCUUCAUUCCGUUUGUACAUGCAGUCUGUCAAGGAAGCACAACCAGUGAAGUGAUCAAAAAUUUUCUUGGACACAUCGGUGUGUGUUUGAUGUUUGAAUACUACAAAUCACAGCAUUGGAAAAAGGGGAGGAUGCUCCUGGAUGUCUUGAACGAGCAGAAGGUCAGCUACGUAAAGCUGAAAACCCUUUUCGGGAACGAGGAAGCGCCAUUGCUGUGUUGGACAGUCAGCAUAGCUGCAGAAGUUUUCCUCAACACUGGGAGUCUGGAAGGAACAUUUGACUUGCUGAAGGAUACCCUUGAUGUCUCCCAGUACAGCAAGAUUUUCAAUCAGCAUUUGAAGUCCUGCAUAGAGAAGCAGAGUUUAACCAUGGCAUUCAGCACUAUUGAUUUCAUGAUUAUGAAGGAUAUUUUGGUGAAUCGGUCUCUCCUCCAGAGUCUUAUUCACAAACUAGGAAGACAGAACAUUUGGAGAAAGGCACGAUUUCUCUACAAACAUGCCAUGUCAGUGGGUUAUUACCCAGUGGCCCAGGUCAACGAGAACUGCAAGGUUCUCCCUAUCCCUCAUACUCUGACAGAGAUCGAGAUGACCAUCGCCAUUGAGAUGUUCAUGGCGACCAAUGCCAGUGACAUUUGGGGCGAGACUCAACCAUCACAGCUUCAGAUUGUGUUAAAGAGGAAAGCAGACAUGGAGCUGAUCAGUGAAGAGUGUUACAAUGCAGCUGGGAACCGUCUUCUUUCAACAGCCCAGAUAGCCAAUCCCAAACUGGUGAUAAAAUACACCACAGUCAACCUGUCUCAGGAGCAAGUAUUCACCCUGGAACCACGGUCCGUGAGCAAGUGGCUGAACCAAAACAUUAAAUUGACCACUGAAAUUUGGCAGCAGCCCAGUCAGAAACCAGGCACAGGCAAUUGUCCAUCCUCUUAGUCUGGUACAUUUUGGACAAGCUGCCAAGUUGUACAGUCCUUUUUUGUGUACCACAAAUAAAAAUGUAUUUUUCAGGAAAAACAACAAUUUCUUCCAAAUGUUCCAAAUCAAGACUGACUUUUGUCUUUUACAUUUUUUUUUUUUAAACUUUUUUUUUA